AUGGAAUUUAUAAUUGCAAAUACUGAUACUUCCUUGUUCAAAAUUGAAUAUGAACUUAAUGAACAGAUUGGAGCUCUCCCUCUGCCAUUCUCAGGCAUGGAUAAAUCUACAUCUGCAGUUUGUAAUUUCUUCAAUUCAGGACAAUGCGAUAAAGAAUUUUGCCCAUUUCGACAUAUUAAAGCAGAACAGAAGACGAUUGUAUGUAAACAUUGGCUUAGGGCUUUAUCAUCGGAUCUCAGUAAAGAAAUGCCAAAACGACCGCCAGUUUGUCAUUAUUGUGGUGAGCUCGGCCACAAAGCUUCGUUCUGCCCGAAAUUACCACCCGAGCAACGUGAGGCACAACUAAAAGCAGAUGAAAUGAAAUAUCGUCAAAUUGCAUUAAUGAAACAACAAAAUCCACAAUAUAAUCAUCAUCUGCAACAAAAGAUUCAAGGUCAAUUAAGAGAACAACAAGAGAACGCAGGAAAUGAAGAACACAGAGACCAAUCACCUUUGACUCAACAGUCCAUCAACACUUCACAGCCGCCUUUGUCUAUGCCUCCACCCGGCUUUCAACAAAAUCACGGCCCCGGUCAUUUCCAUGGACAUCAAAAUCAUCAGAACCAUCACCAACCACGACCGCCUUUUCAACCUCGAAAGCUCGAAGACAUUACUUGCUUCAAAUGUGGUGGCAAAGGUCAUUACGCUAACCGUUGUUACUCUUUCCUCAACAAUAAUUUCCUAAAUAAUAAAUCUGGAUAA